AUGGAGUCAACGCCACGUAUGGGCCAAUGGACAAUGGGCCUGGAGUUCCGCUCCAUUGUGGACCUGGAGUUCCGCUCCAUUGUGGACCUGGAGUUCCGCUCCAUUGUGGACCUGGAGUUCUGCUCCAUCAUGGACCUGGAGUUCUCUCCCCGCUUCUCCAACCCCCCAUCCCUCCAGCUGCCCCUCCUUCCAGCUCCCCAACCUUCCAGCUCCAUGUGCCCCUGGCCCCCAUCCUUCCAUCCCCCCGUCCUUCCAGCCCCCUGUCCCUCCAGCCCCCAUCCUGCCAGCUCCCCGUCCUUCCAGCCCCCUGUCCCUCCAGCCCCCAUCCUUCCAGCUCCCCUGUCCUUCAAUCUCACCAUCCCUCCAGCCUCCUUCCUUUCCAGCUCCACAUGUUUCCAUCUCCCUGUCCCUCCAUCUCCACAUCCCUUCAGCCCCCCCGUCCCUCAAGCUCCAACUCCAACUUUCCAUCCCUCCAGCCCCCUUCCUUACCAGCUCCCUGUCUUUCCAUCUCCACAGCCCUUCAGCCCCCGUCCUUACAUCUCCCUGCCCCUCCAUCUCCACAUUCCUUCAGCCCCCCAUCCCUCAAGCUCCCCAUCCCUCCAUCUUUCCAUCCCUCCAGAUCAGUUUGAAGCUACCUGA